GGAAUUCACAGCUGUUUCUUCCGGUGUGCGUGCGCGCUGUGAACAGCUGAUGUUUAGCCUAGCAGUCAGUUGGGACUGAUUUCGUUGCAUUUUUUGCUCCUAAAGAGAGCUCGUCAUGACGAAAGAAAGCGCGCAGAGUGCGGCGGAGGAGGACCAGCAGGCUCAGUCAAAGAAAGCUCUGAAGAAACAGCAGAAGGAAGCGGAGAAAGCUGCAAAGAAGGCUGAGAAACAGGCCAAAGUGGCUGCAGAGCAACAAAGCACCGAGGAAGAUGACUUCGCCAAGGACCGAUAUGGUGUGUCAGCUUUGGUCCAGUCGCAACAAAAACUGGACAGGAAGCUGGUGCGAGUCCAAGACCUCACUCCUGAGAAGGCCGACCAGCUGAUUUGGCUCCGAGCUCGAGUCCACACCAGCCGAGCCAAAGGGAAGCAGUGCUUCUUGGUCCUGCGUCAGCAGCAGUUCAACGUGCAGGCGCUGGUCGCCGUGGGAGACCGUGCCAGCAAGCAGAUGGUCAAGUUCGCUGCAAACAUCACCAAGGAGAGCAUCGUAGACGUGGAGGCGGCGGUGAGGAAGGUGGAGCAGAAGAUCGAGAGCUGUUCCCAGCAGGACGUGGAGCUCCAUGUUGAGAGGAUUUUUGUCAUCAGCCAGGCGGAGGCCCGCCUCCCCCUGCAGCUGGAGGACGCCGUCCGGCCGGACGGAGAGGGCGAAGAGGAAAGCCGCGCCACCGUCAACCAAGACACCAGGCUGGACAACCGGGUGAUUGACCUGCGGACGACGACCAGCCAGGCCGUUUUCCGCCUGCAGUCAGGAGUCUGCCAGCUCUUCAGGGACACCCUCACCAAGAAGGGCUUCGUGGAGAUCCAGACCCCGAAAAUCAUUUCAGCUGCCAGUGAGGGGGGUGCAAACGUCUUCACCGUGUCUUACUUUAAAACCAGCGCCUACCUGGCCCAGUCCCCCCAGCUCUACAAGCAGAUGUGCAUCUGCGCCGACUUCGACAAGGUCUUCUGUGUGGGUCCAGUUUUCAGAGCCGAGGACUCCAACACCCACCGGCACCUGACGGAGUUUGUGGGCCUGGAUAUCGAGAUGGCCUUCAACUACCACUACCACGAGGUGAUCGAGUCCAUCACCGACACCAUGGUGCAGAUCUUCAAGGGCUUGAGAGACAACUUCCAGACAGAGAUUCAAACGGUCAACAAGCAGUUCCCUAGCGAGCCCUUCAAGUUCCUGGAGCCCACCCUGAGGCUGGAGUACACAGAGGGCGUGGCCAUGCUGCGCGAGGCCGGCGUGGAGAUGGGCGACGAGGACGACCUCAGUACGCCCAAUGAGAAGCUUCUGGGUCGCCUCGUCAAAGAGAAGUACGACACCGACUUCUACGUGCUGGACAAAUACCCGUUGGCUGUGCGGCCCUUCUACACCAUGCCGGACCCCCACAACCCCAAGUACUCCAACUCUUACGACAUGUUCAUGAGGGGGGAGGAGAUCCUGUCCGGAGCUCAGAGGGUCCAUGAUGCUCAGCUGCUCACAGAAAGAGCCCAGCAUCACCAGAUCGAUCUGGAGAAAAUCAAGUCUUACAUCGACUCCUUCCGCUACGGCGCCCCCCCGCACGCCGGUGGAGGCAUCGGUCUGGAGAGAGUCUGCAUGCUGUACCUGGGUCUCCACAACGUGCGUCAGACCUCCAUGUUCCCACGUGACCCCAAACGCCUCACGCCUUGAUUCCACCCCCACCUGGACUGACACACAGGCUAACUAACCCAGGGCAGGAAAGCAUAGAGUGCCACCGUCUGACGGAUAGGUUUGUGGUUUGUGACUAACAGCUGCAUUAGACGGAGAAGGACAGGUGUGGAGGUCACCUGCUGCAGAGCAGAGUCCACUUUAAAGAGUCCUUCCUACUACCAGCAUAGAUGUCGGACGGACGGUUUUGUGUCAGCUUUUGUAACAAACUUCAACACUGACAAUAAAAAUAAGAAUAAUGUCU